AAAACAUCCGCCCUGUGUCCACAGCAGCUGGAGCGGAUGAGGCUUCUGUCUCUUAUCUAAAAUGGACAGUUUACAAGCGGAAGAUCCGCGGUAUCUGAAGAGGAGAGUGAAGGGCUGUACUCUGGAUGUCCAUCCCACUGAGAAAGCCCUUGUCGUUCACUAUGAGGUGGAGGCCACGAUCCUGGGAGAGCUGGGGGAUCUCAUGGUUGGAGAACGCAAAGAGUGUCAGAAAAUUAUUCGCCUGAAAAACUUGAACGCCAGCACAGACACGUCCUCUUUGGCUCGGAAGGUGGUGGAGGAAUGUCGUCUGAUUCAUCCGUCUAAACUCCACGAGGUGGAGCAGCUGCUCUUUUAUCUGCAAAGCCGCAAGCAGUCAAAUGACAACCGCGAGAAGAAACGCAUCUCACCUCGAGACUUCACACCUUACGCAGGAGUGGAGUUGGACGAGGAGGCGAACAUCAACAGCAUCGAUGAGUAUGUGGAGCUGCUGUACGAGGGUAUCCAGGAGAAGAUCAGAGGAGCCACGCUCAUCUUCCAGCUGGCCCGUAACCCGGACAACCUGAAGGAACUCAUACAGAACGAGACGGCCCUCGGAGCCCUGGCCCGGGUCCUGAGGGAGGACUGGAAGCAGAGUGUGGACCUGGCAACAACUAUCAUCUAUGUCUUCUUCUGCUUCUCCAGUUUCUCCCAGUUCCAUGGCCUGGUCACACAUUUCAAGAUUGGGGCCCUGUGUAUGAACAUCAUCGAGCAUGAGCUGAAGAGGUAUGACCUCUGGCAAGAUGAGCUGCAGAAGAAGAAGAAGGCCUAUGAAGAAUUCUCUGACAACCAAAAUCUGAAGAAAGAACAUGAGAAGUCCUUCAGAAAGUACCAGAGUCUUCUGACCAAGCAGGAGCAGCUUCUCAGAGUUGCCCUGUGCCUGCUGCUGAACCUGGCUGAGGACACCCGCACGGAGCUGAAGAUGAGGAACAAAAACAUCGUUCACAUGCUGGUGAAGAUCCUGGACCGAGGGGACGAGGAGCUGCUGCUGGUGGUGGUCUCCUUCCUCAAGAAGCUCUCCAUCUUCAUGGAGAACAAGAAUGACAUGGCUGAGAUGUUGGCCGUUGAGAAGUUGGCCCGGCUGGUUCCCUGCGAGCACGAAGAGCUCCUGAGCACCACCACACGCCUCCUGCUCAACCUCUCCUUCGACAUGUCGCUGCGCAGCCAGAUGGUCCAGGCCGGACUCAUUCCCAAACUCUCCUCGCUCCUCGCUGACGAGGGCCAGAGACAGCUCAGCAUGUGCAUUCUGUACCACAUCAGCAUGGACGACAGAUUCAAGUCCAUGUUUGCUGACACAGACUGCAUACCGCAGCUGAUGAGGAUGGUGUUUGACUGUGGGGAGGAGAAGAUGGAUGUUGAGCUCAUCUCACUCUGCAUCAACCUGGCUGCUAACAAGAGCAAUGCCCAGGUCAUCUGUGAAGGUAACGGUCUGAAGAUGCUGAUGAAGCGUGCCAUGAAGCUGAAGGAUGUUCUGGUGAUGAAGAUGAUCAGGAACCUUUCCCAGCACAAUGGACCCACUAAGAGCCUCUUCCUGGAUCAUGUUGGAGACCUGGCAGCUCAGAUCUGUGAGGAGGAGGCUGAGGAGUUUGUGAUUGAAUGUCUGGGCACGCUGGCCAACCUGACCAUCCCUGACCUGGACUGGGCCCUGGUUCUCAAGGAGUACAACCUGAUGGCCUACCUAAAAGACAGGCUCAAACCAGGCUCUGCUGAGGAUGACCUCAUUCUGGAGGUGGUGAUCAUGAUCGGCACCGUGUCCACGGAUGACUCGUGUGCAGCCAUGCUGGCCAAGUCUGGCAUCAUUCCCGCUCUCAUUGAGCUGCUCAACGCCCAACAGGAGGACGACGAGUUUGUGUGUCAGAUUGUCUACGUCUUCUACCAGAUGGUUUUCCACCAAGCUACAAGAGACGUCAUCAUCAAAGACACACAGGCCCCCGCUUACCUCAUUGACCUGAUGCACGAUAACAACGCAGAGAUCCGCAAAGUCUGCGACAACACGCUGGACAUCAUCGCUGAAUAUGACGAGGAGUGGCGCAAGAAGAUCCAGACUGGGAAGUUCCGCUGGUACAACGGUCAGUGGUUGGAGAUGGUGGAGAAUCGUCAGAUGGACAUAGCAGGAGAACCCUGCCUGUAUGGGGAGGAUGGAGAAUACUUCAUUGGGAAUGGAGACAUCCUGGAGAGACCUGACCUGUUCUACAGUGCAGAUGGGAUCAUCGGAGCAGACGGCACCAUCAGCCCCGAGUUCUACGCCGACUUCCAGAACGGAGAGCUGGGACAGACUGGAUACCUGAGCAGUGUGCCGGACCAGUAUGUCCCCUCAGCUCAUAACCCGGCAGGUCGACCCAUCAGUUCCUACGGCUUCCGUCCCGAUGAGCCGUUCUUCUACAGCUACAUGACCACCUCCCGGUAAACCUGGAAACUCUUAGUGCUCAGACUGCAGCCGUGUCCCUGAUCCUCUGUGUGCUACUAAAGCUGUGCCCUGCCUGUUAAAGAGCUGUCUUUGUUAGCCAUGUUAGUCUGUUACUGAGUCGAACAAUCUGAAUUUUCUAGAGUCAGGUGUCAUUGUCUUGGCGUUAAAGCACCAAAAAGUAACCUGUGUUAUCUGAACACACUGACUCUAAAUCAAAGUCCAGCUUACUGUGUUGAUGCAGACGUAUACGUAGUCCUGCAGACUGUAAACGUCUCACUCCUACAUGCUGAGGUCAGCCUUAGAUUGCAUUGCAGUUUUAUUCAGGAGAAUUUGUAAAUAAUAUUUUAAUGUAACAAGCUGAAUAGUUCUCUGCUUCACGAUGCAGCUGCUGGCUUAACUGCGCUCACAUAUUUCUGAUUUUGAUUUUACACAAUCGAAUGUUUGUUUUCUACCACAGUCUGCCCAACGUGAUGACUCACAAACAUUAUUUUAGACCAGAGAAAACAGCAACAGUGUGUGUUUGUUUGAGGGAUGAGUCUGGUGUUCUUCUCUGAUUUCUCAUGUGCAGAGCCAAACCAACGAUAUGCAACAGUCUCAGUACUCUCUGCCUUCUUUACUCGGCCUGUGGCUGAAGCAGUUGUUGGUUUCCAACUUUGUGUUGUACGUGACCUCUCAUCACUUGUCAUUGUCUCCAGUCACAAAGUUAUUCUCACGUCUCAGAGGUUUGAGCUUGAAUCAUUUUUAGAGGCGAGGAGAGAUUUCAAUAUCUAGUGUUUCUAAAGAAAAUAGCAGAAAUGAGACACAAAGACUUUGAAUCCCUUUAAUCAUCUUUUGAUCUCUCAGGUUUAUCUGGGGAACCCAUGGCAGGUCCCUGCCCUCAUACUGGGAACCUUUGAGUCAUUCAUUAGGAUUUUUGGGUAACACUGUAUUUUAUCUUAGAGAUUUCCUGGGAUUUUGUGCUAAAUAAAUAUAACUAUGGAAUUUGGUGCUGUAGACACAGUGUGCAUUUGGUACCUUCAGUAUAAUUAAUGCCAUUUAGUUGCAAGGAUGACCCGAGUCAGAGCAGCGCAGGUCAGCUGAAUCUAAACUGUGUCUACAGGAAGAGAUUCAGUUCAACAUAUGUGAAGAAAAGUUUCCAGUAAUAAAUGUUCUCAUUUAUUAAUUGAACUUUUUCUUCAAGGAAAUAAAUCUGGAAAUCAACAACUUCUUCUAAACUGGAAUAACAACCUCUCAUCUUUGUCUGGAUUUUCCUGUAUAGUUAGUACCAGUUCACAUGGCUCUGUUCAGAGCAUUAAAAUAAAAAGCUUUGCCUUUGCUCACAGUUUCUCACUGAGAACUCUGCAGUAGACUCUAUAAAAUCCAAGCACUGGAUUAAGAUGUCAUUUCUCUUUAUUUAUGUGAAUGUAAUUUAAGUCAAACAGCCUUUAUUGUAUUAUCUUGAACAAAAAAAGCUUUUUAAAUAUGAACAAAUGUUAAAGAAUCUGCUGCCUUUUUUUUUUUUUUUUUUUUAAAUUCUCAUUCUUGAUGUGCCUGGAGCGCUGCUGUCCUGCUGAAAUAUGAAACACUCUUCUUCUGUGGUGCAAUAUAUGAAAAAAAAUGGAAGGAUUAUUAUUGUAGUCAAACUGUAUUUAGUGUUUAAUCUGUCACAGAUGUAGGAUUACUUUCAGAUUUUUCUUAUUUCUCAGUACAGUGUGACUGUGAUUGGUUAUAAAUUGUUG